CAUAACGGUUUUUUUUAAAAACCGUUAUGUAUGAGCGCAUUUUUUGAAAAGAUAACGGUUUUGACAAAAAACCGUUAUCUAUGUACUGUUGUCCAUGGAAAUAGAUAACGGUUUAAGUUAAUCCGUUAUGUUUAUGUGUUAUCUAUUAGUUUCAUACAUAACGGUACUACAAAACCGUUAAACCGACCGUUAUCUAUGAGCAUUUUUUUUAUUUUAAAAUUUAACUUAAUCUAAUUCCCCCAAGCCACCAAACACUAACACCUCUCUCUCCCGCUCAGCUUCCCCAAUCCUCACCUUCUUCCAGUCCGCCGCGCCCCCCCGGUCUGCCGCGCCUCCGUCCAGCCCCCUCAGUUCGCCGCGCCCAUGGUCUGCUUCCGUCUGCCCGGAUCGGUGUCUAAUUACUCACCCAACCAAACCCCCUCUUAUUUGUACGCAAACUCCCUCUCUCUCUGCGUUAUUGCUUUCUCUCGCUCCAUGUCGUCUCUCUCCCUCUUUCGUCCGGCGACGUCGCCGGUUCUCGCCGCCUCUGGCGUGACGAGGCCGGCGCCUCUUCUUAUUCCUUCUCCUCUCCUUUCAUUUUCUUCCUUAUUUCUUCCCCAAAAUAAAAUCCCCAAUUUCUAGGGUUUUCAGCCUCCCUCUCCUCUCUGAAUUUCGCCCCUCCGGCGAGUCCCGCCACUUUCGCCGCCGUCGCACCGCCGCCCCCUGCCUCAGGUAACACCUUUAUUCUCUCUCUCUCUCCCUCUCGAUCUCUCUCUCUCUCUCCUGUUCUCGGUUUGUGUGUGUGUGCUGUGUGAGGGUGGCGGCGGCUGAGGGAUGGGGAAAAUGGGGCGGUGCGGAGGCUUCGAUCUAAGUUGUAUUUUGUUAAGUGUUUGUGUGAAUUGUGGAAACUGAAUAUUUUACAGAUGUUCAUUGAAAUGCUUGAGAUUCCAUAUGGAUGUCUUGACAUUCUAUUUUUAUUGAGUUAUCCUUUAAAUUUGUGGGUUAGUUUAGAUGAGAUUCAUGUCAAGAUUAAUGGAAAAUUAUUCUGAUUUUGUUGUGUUAUGGUGCUCCUAAUUUCUUACAUGUAGAUUGAUUGGCUCUCUGUUAUAAUUCCAUCUUUUCCUUUAUGAAAUUGAAAAUUUAUGAUUGGAUUGGAUUGGUGAUGAGGUCUAGGAGGUUUAAUCUGGUUGAUUCUUUUUAUUGGCUACUGGUGUUAGAUUUUAGAAGUUUUGAUUAUCUCUUGUGCUGAUCACUCCAAUUAAUCUGAGGAGAGCUUAUGCUAAAGUAAACUGUAAGCUUACUCACAACCAAAAUACAAAUCUAGAGACAAUUUGAACCUACCAGAAUUCAAUUAUCAGAUACUGGAUACUGCACUUGGUGCUUUUAUUUGAUAACUUCUUUUUAUUUAUGGCAAACCAUUCAAAGACUCGAAGACAGCAAGGUGAUGAAAAACUGGCUUCUGCAUCCGAUUGGAGAAUGUAACUUGCAGCUAUUUGCUCUUGUUUCAUUAUGGAUAUCAAGCAAAAUACAUGAUUCACCUUCUCUGUCUGUUAAAAAUUUCAAAUCCUUGGGAGACAACUUUAUCAAGGAGCAACAUUUCACCAUGGGGGAUAUUUUGGAAGCUGAGAUAGUGCUAAUGCAGGUUCUGCAAUUUGGGAUUGGCAUGUCGAAAAUUGCUUUUGCUUCAGUUGAAGAGCUUCUUGUUCAAUUCAAGGCAGUUGCCCAAGUUGGGGAGCAUGUGAAGUUUGAAGCUUGUAUAGAUGUUAUGGAUCUGCUUUAUGAAAAUGAAGAGUAUUGCUGUAGAAUACAGAAUCACUACCUAUGUAGUUAUAGAAAGAUUUAGGUUGUUAAUAUCUUUCAUAUUUCUUUUAUUUAAGAAGCUCGGGUUGGCUAUGUUUUGCAGGUGAACUCGCUCGUGUUGGUGGAGGCUCAUUAGUGUAAUUGAGUUUAUCAUCUUGGCGGAUCAAGUAGAUGGGAGUCGAUGAGCUAUGAGGACUACUACAAAAGAGAAGGCUGAAGCAGAGAACGUCGUUUCAAAUGUCUAGCAAGUUGCGCGCAUUUGUAAUAUUUUUUAAUUAAUCAUAUAGCUAACUAGAAUAUUUGUGUUGUUUUCAUUAUAUUUGGAUGAUAAUGUAUGAAUAUUUCGGAUGUUAUAUAAUAUAUGUUAUCGAUGGCAA